CCUUAAACAUCUAAGACGCACAUCCGUGUGUUUUUAUCAAUUAUAAGUAUUCUUACGUUUACAUUUAUUUAUGCUUUUAAAUCUCCAGUUCAGCAUUAUCUUCUGCAUGUUAGUAUUUGCUCUAUAGCGUGUAUGUGUAGUCAAGUUAGUGACGGUUCUUUUAUUUUUAUUUGCAUCGUUUUCCAAAUGCACUAAAUGUUGCUCACGUCUUUGCUUGUUUUUUUCUUGUAUUUCUCAUGAUGCACAUGCUUUCCUUUCUUGAAGUAGUACAGGUUUUUUAGUCUGUGAUUCUUGUUAUUUGCUCAACUUUUUGUGAAACGAACAGGUGACAGCGGGUAGUUUGUUAUUUCUUCAGUGGGCCCAAACAAGGUGGUUGUGUCAUGUGUUCAACGAAGCACGUUUCUGUCGGACCAAAGACUACCCGGUGGGCCUCCGGCUUCUAGAUGGGCGAAUCCGGGUCACGCCGCUCCACGCUUGUGUCCCGCCUGCCGAUCUUCCGCCGCAGCAGCAGCAAGAGGCAGGAGUCCCUCCCCUCCUCCCCGUCCUCCGGCGGACAGGGCAAUGGCGUCCACACCUCGUCGCCGUCCAGCACCAACUCCAGCUCCGGCAGCACCGGGAAGCGGCGGAGCCUUUUCCGAGCCCCGUCCCUCAGCUUCUCCGCCAAACGGCACAGCGAGCCGCGCGUCCAGCCCAUCAACCUAAACCUCACCCCCCCGCUGACGCAGAGCACCGACGGCAACGGCAACAACCAGCAGACGGCGGCGGAAGCGCCGGCGGGGUUCAGCGAGGGCGGCGGGCGGCCCAAGUCGCGCCACUCGUUUGGGUUCGGCAGCCACAGGCAGAAGAAGAUCAGUCGCUCUCAGACCGAGGACUUCGAAAAGGUCUCCUCUUCCUCCACAGCCAAUCGGAACGUGUUUAUAAACUGCAUCAGUGGCUCGGCGGUCAACGAGGGGGACGACUCCGGCUUCCUGGACGACUUCAGCGCCGGCGGGAGCAAUAACGCCAAACGGUCCUCACGGAAGAAACAGCUGCUGCCCAAGUCGUUCUCCGCUCACCACCGCUUCUCCCGGACCUCCGACCACCACAGACCCCCGGAGGUGAACCUGGAACCCCCGAGCUCCGCCGAUGUGGCGGCGGUGGUAGCGGGGGCGCUCACCCCGGGGUCAUGGUCCGGGGAGGCGGGCGGCGCCGGAGGGGAAAGCUCGCUCCAGUCCCCCAUGAUGUCAGAAGACCGAACCACAGCCGUCACCCCGUCUGAGUUUGUCGCCAUCACGGAGGAUUCCGUGUCCGAGGUGGACGCCCUGCCGGCCCCCGGCGCCGGGUCUGUUUCCGCCCCCGGAUGCGCCUCGGCGCCCGAGCCGGCUGCUGAGGUGGCUGUUGAGGCUCCACCUGAACCCCCACCCGCCCCAGAGAACUUCAGCGUGGCUGUCUCCACGUCGCAGGUUUUCUUCACUCCGGCUCAGUCCGGCGCCGAGAAGCCUUUGCUCCCCGACACCAGCACAGCAAACAACACGGACUACGAGACCGCCGCGUCGCUCUCGGAGCCCGAGACGGCCGUGGCCUGCCUUCCUCUGCGGGAACAAUCCCUGGAAGAGAGAAAGGAAAGAGAGGAAGAGAGGAAGGAAGCGAGGGAUGAGGUGUCAGCAAAGGAGAGGAUGGAGCUGGUGGAGCAGCGGAAGGCCAGUUGCCGCAAGGAGACCACGAGUGAGAGCGAGGCGUGCGCGGUACGCAGCGAGGGCUCGAGCUCCAACCCGGAGCACGCGGACAGACGGGCCAGAAACGUGCGCUCCGUUCAAGCUGGAGGAAGCUUCUGCGGCUGCCACGAACCCAGGUCCUCUCAUCUGAGGAAACCGCACGCAGCCUCCCUGUGCAGCAGCGUCAGCCCCUAUCAUGAGGUGAUGCGAAUGGAGAGGCGUCUUCGCUCCUCGUCUGAGGGGGCUGGUGGGCCUCGUAUCCAUGGAAACCACAGAGACGCCCCGGGCAUGGAUGGAUGCGGUCUGCUAAAACACCGAAACAACUCCUCGUCAUCCAAACUGGGAAGUCUGGAUGUUUUAAACAACCUGGGUUCAUCGGAGCUGGAUGAAGAUGAUCUCAUGUUAGACCUGGACCUUUCCGACGAUCAGCGCCAUCGACAUGUGUCCAGAGAAGACUCGAGCCAGUCCCUGGCCUCCUGUCUGAACCUGCCCCCCUCCCCCAUGGACCCAUCAGGAGAUCGCAUCCCAGGGAGGGAAAACAAUCAGAGGGAGCCAAGCCGUCCGACCAGCCUGCUGCCCGCCGACUGGAGCUCGGGGCUGGGUCUGGGGAGGGAAGAUGAGUCCUUACCUCCAGGCCUGGAGACCCUUCCACUCAGACUGAUGCAGCAGGACUGCACGGCUGUCAAAACCCUGCUUUUAAGGCUAAGACGCACACUGCAGGAGAGCGCUGAGAUAAGUCCCGCCAGCAGCCUCCACUCUCUACCCAUCAGCCCCUGCAGUGAAAAAUCCCUCCCAUUUAAGGAUCUCUGCAGAGAGGAGGCCUUGCUGCAACAGCUGAGAGAGAAAGACGAACUGAUUCUCAGACUCCACCAUGAACUGGAGAGUGCCAAAGCUGCCCAGAAGAAGAAAGACUGCCAAAUGACUGACCAUGCAACACAGACAGAGCACAUAGGGCCCGAGGCCAGUCAUCCAGGCCGGUGGUCAGGACUAGGCAGCAGCAGCGUCAGCCUUGCUUCAAGGGACCGAAGGGCAGUGCGGGCAGUGGGGGCGGCGCUCGGAGGGGACCUCUGUAACCAGCACCUCCCCCACCACCACUAUCCACCCCUGCACGGCCGCCCCCCUGCCUCCGAACGGCACCCUACCCGGGAGGAGCGCCACUGCCAGGGCGCCCUGGCACAUUCCACAGCGCGUAACGCUGCUCCCAGUCUGGCUCCGGUCUGUGACGCUGCUGCAGCGUCUGCCCGAGCUCCGCCCACUCCUCCCGCCCAGCUCCCAGGUUCACACCCGGGCUCUGGUUCAGCGGCCGCUAAACACAACGCAAUUCCACCUCUGUCCUCCAGGCAGCCGGAGGGGGUGUCCUCCUCCUCUGAGUCAUUGACUCCAGGAGGUGGAGUGAGUCUGCCAGGUGGGGCGAGGAGAGGAGGCGGAGAGCACCACCCGCCCAGCCAUAUCCCCCGCGCGAUCGGGACCAGCGCCUCGUCCAGCCUCCACAGUGUUACGAGCAGAGGGAGCCCCUCGCCGAGCGUCUCGUCUCCCAUCCCAGCCUCCCCACCACCUCCUACUCCUUCCCCGGCGUCCUCUUCCUCCUCCUCGUCCUCCUCCUCUUCCUCCACGUUUACGGGUCGUUUAGGCCAACCCCCUCGAGGCCCUCUGUCUCUGCACAGCUAUAGUCGUAAGAAUGUCUUCCUCCAGCAUUCCCUCCAGACUGCCGAACUGCAAGCGCUGACGCAGACAGACGGUUGAGAGGACACAGACGUUCGCGCAAACCGUAUUGACUCCAGCGACAAAACGAAGGGACUUUAUAGGAAAACGGCUGCGCCUCCGGUAGUGUUUGUGUUCUCCCCCAAUUCCCUCUGAAUCAUCGACCACAAGCGCUAACAAUCAUGCUCGUCUAUCUGCACAAUCCUGACAAACCCUUUGCUGACAUUUUGUUCUUAGUUUUGCUCAAUUGAACACACACACACACACACACACACACAAGCGCGUCUUGGAGCAUGAAAAAGGCACUCACUUGUCUGUCAGAACUCCCACGUUGUGUCAUGCUGACAGUUCAGAUGUGCUUACUCCCACAGACCCACAACGUGCAAAGAGACUCACAGCCUCAUGUCAAUGCACACAAACGCAGACCUAGUCGCACACAUCUAGGUCCACACUCUCACAAAGAAACAAUCUGUGAUAUUUGCCUCACGGUCUGCACAAGUAACCGUACAGUCAUGUGGACGUGAGGUUUUCAUUUGUGUUUUUUAAAUAUUGUUUGUAUCCAUUUAUGUGAACAUCCUUAAAAGUAAAGACUUGUGCUGCUUAAUGAACAGAGGAAUGGCCGUCAUGUGACAUGGCCAAAUUCCAAAUCAGACCAACUCAUCAUUCCUUGAUGUUCCACUGACAGCGGUCCAGAUGAAAAGACAGAUGUUGAGAAUGAACAUCCACAUUCAUGAUCCGUUCACUGCAUUUUUUACAAAAUGGGAAUCUGAGUGAAUUUUAAAGUAGUUUAAUAGCUUUUUAGUAUCGACCCCCAUUUCAGUGUCUCAACAAGGGAAUCGAACAUUCCAAAACCUCCAAGACAAGCAGCCUGUGGAGUGCUCACAUGAAUAAGGCAUCACUAGAACCUUUAGCUUAACACCGGACCACCGGUUCUGUAGGAAUUCAAUGCUGCGUUGAAUGCUCGCAUCAACGUGCAUGUGAAACGAUUGGUUCAGUAGUUUGACAUAUCUGUCUAAUUCAAUAAAUAAUUUAAAAAUCCGCAAAAUUGUGAACCCCCAGCGAACUUUAUUAAAACACCCGAGAAGAAGAGAGCAACCGAACAAGUUUUAGGAUUGGAAUAACCUGCGUUAUCCAUUGUUUUGAAAUGAGGAUUGGUUUUGAGCAAUGAUCAGGGAGACUUACUGCUGCUUUGCUAAAUGACAAAAUCAAUAACCAUUUUUAGGAUUUAAAAGGAAAAAUGUCUGAAGUAACGGACUCGCUGUGAACUCACUUGAUUGGAGUCUGAUUCUGCCUCGGGAGGCAGGUGACAUAAUAAAAUACUGCACAGAAAGUUGUUUACUCAAUGAACACUGUUUCUCUUGACUCUCCCAUUUGGAAAAAUGUUCCGAAAUGAUGAGUUUUGAUGUGACGCAGUCAUUGAUCGCCUUCUUUUAUCUUCCUGAUCUCAGAUGUGUUAUCUUUUUGAAAAAGGCAUCCAACAUGACAGCAUUUCUCACUGUAAGACACUGUUUUUUAGUCAGUAGGACUUUCCCUUUUGAUGGAAAUAUACAAAUAUCAUCACUGCCACGAACCGCUGCAUCGUUCCACAUCAUUCCCAAUAUGGUGAAGUUUGAAAAGCCAUCUUUUCAAGAUCUGUGAACUACAGGAUUUCAGGGAAAUAAACGCUAUUAUGUUGACUGGGAGGCGGCAUCCUGCGCUGCUGCUAAGCACCGCAGCCUCUACAGAGAACGUAACAUUUUCGGAGAAGUCGUUGACUUGUGUCUCCGUGCGGCCCCUUGAUGUUGGGAGGUUGUAUGAAUCGUGUUCUUUCUAAUGUACACCUCAUGAGGCGAGCACCUUGCAGAGGUGAAGAGAGGCCUGAAGGAAUACGGCUCGUCGGGUGGAAAUUGCAGCUCUCCCCGUGCUCUGCUUCACAUUACUUCCUCUCUUUCUUUAUCCCCAUUCUUUUUUUUUUGUUUACCCUUGUUUCUGUUUUUCCCAUCCCACCACUUCUUAUUCGCCCCCAAUCUACCGCCCCCCCCUCCCCCAGCCCACUACUCUGCCUCUACUGCAUGCAAACCAAGUAGCUCCUUUUGUUCCUGUGCGCCUCUCCAUUCGGCGAGCUUCCCCCCCCCUCCCCACCACCGUGUCCCCGGCCUCUCCUUCCCCCCCAUGCCCCCCCCCCCGUCCUCCCUCUACCCUGCCUGCCGUACUUACCCACAGCUCGUAUUGUCAUACAGCGGAUCCAUAACACAAUCUCUUGCAGUGGCUCUCGGCCCUGGGAAUUGGGGCCCGAUUUUCAUUCCAGCUGGCUGAUUAGGGAAUCAUUUUACACCUGCUGAAUGCGAUGAGCUACCUGGUGGUGUAGACAGCCAGCACUAAUCUGGCUCCGGGGGACCGAGAAGCGCAGCUGCAUUGUGAACCACGCGAUCCCUCGCUCGGUUUGUUUACACGCGCAGGGGGCGACGAUGCCGUGUCGCUGGCCGACCCCUCAAGAAAUGCUCCCCGCGUCCCUCGUCGGCGCACGCGUCGUACCGCCGCAAAGGGAAAUGUCACGAGGGAGGCGUGAAGCGUUCCCGCUGUGUUUCCCCCAACAGCUGUGCUUGUUGUUUGUGUUCAAAUUGAGAAGAUCACAAAGGUGGGCUGCUGAUAAUGAGACAUAUCACGAAGGAAAGCCACGUUUGAGAUAUCAGUUAAAAUGUCGAACUGAGGUCUGGGAAAAAUGUUCACCUGUUUAUUUGGAAGGAUGAUCUGAUGUUGAGUUUCGCUGCUGGAAACACGGGCCUCAAUCAUGAGGUGGGCAUCUGUCACAGACCUCAGUUGUUCAUUUUACUUAGCGACAUGUCGUGCAUCUUAGAGACUUUCAUUUCUUGCAGUUAUUUAUUGUUUUCUGCCUUAUUUAUUGCCAUGGAAUGUUUCCUAAAAGCAUCUUGGCACCAACACAUUAUUAUAGUGGUCAUCUCGUGACCACUAUAAUAAUCAAGAUGUUUUUAUUGUAACUAAUGAAUCCCAGAGAUUACACUGCCAUGCUUUUAAUAUGCUUACUGUAAUUAUCUUUUUUCUUUCUUUACAAAUUAAUGUGAUAAUGAAAUUAAGCUGUAUACUUGUACAUAGAUGAAGUAACCGUUGAUGUUCACUGUUCGUUAACAACAUUUCGUGCUCGUGUAAAUUGCAUUUAAGAAUAAGGUCAGCACAUAACUUAUUAAAACAUAACAAAGUUUAUUUAAUUAACGAAUGUCAAAUGCAGUCAGAGGUCUGAGAGAUUACCAAAGUUCUUCGGGCUAUUGAUAAUAAAUCAGGCGAAAUGACUCACUCGUAAGUGAAAUCCAGCCUUUGCUCUAAAACAGAAAUAGUCUUAGUCUUUGAGAUUACUUUGAAAAACUUUCGCCUAACUGUCUCAACAAAGUGGACGAUGAUCUGUUGAAGCUGCUUUUUCAGUUUAGGGUGAGGUUUGUGAAUAAAGAACCUUCUAAACUCAUGCUAUGAGCCAGCUGACCACACAUCGAUGACAGAUCCACAGCGAAAUACAAAAAUCCUUUGAGUGCAUUUUUCCUUUCCAUGGUCUCCCCAUUUUGAAAUGUAUCUAAUAGGUUUAUCUGGAGGCACGAGAACUUUUGCAGUUUGUGUUCACCAACGUAUUCCUCUUCAGUUUCACAAACACUAUUUUUUUUUACACACUCAGUUGUUCACCUAAGAAAUUGCAGAUGAUUUUUUUCCACUGUCUCCUUAUUGUUAAUAUUUAAUACAAAUAAAAUGUCUAAAAACAUUAA